AACCAAGCUAUAAGAUAUUUACAAUAUGUGGUACAGCAACAAAAUAAUACUGAUCCUGCAAUUCACAAUUUUCUGUUAACACUUUACGCCACACAGCCAACUCGUGAUGAAGCUGCUUUAUUACAAUUUUUGGCAACAGAGGGAAAAGAACCAUACUACAAUAUGGAUUAUGCAUUAAGACUUUGUAGUCAAAAUGGAAGAAUGCAAAGUUGUGUACAUAUUUAUAGAAAUAUGAAACUUUAUGAAGAAGCAGUUGAUCUGGCAUUAAAGGAUAAUGAUUUGGAACUUGCUGCAAUCAAUGCUGAAAAACCAGAAGGAGACGAAGAAUUAAGGAAAAAACUUUGGCUAAAAAUAGCUAGACAUGUAGUAGAGAAAAAACGAGAUAUAAAAACUGCAAUGAACUAUCUACAAAAUAGUGAUAUACUUAAGAUCGAAGAUAUAUUACCGUUCUUUCCCGAUUUUAGUGAAAUAUGUUCGGCACUUAAAAAAUAUAAUGCAAAUAUUGAUGAAUUAAAAAGAGAUAUGGAUGAAGCAACUAAAAGUGCCGAAGGUAUUAGAUUAGAUAUACGAGAAUUACGAUGUCGAUUUGCAGUUGUAUCAACGGCAGAAAAAUGUUCACUAUGCGAUUAUCCAUUAUUAACAAGACAAUUCUAUAUAUUUCCAUGUCAACAUGCUUUUCAUGCAGACUGUCUAAUAAACAAAGCGGAAAAACAUCUUAAUGCACGUCAAUUACAAAGAGUUUUAAAAUUACAAGAACUAAUAGCCAAAGAAAUAUCAAAACCAUCACAAGAUGUAGUAGCACAUGUAAAACCAACCACUGCAACAGGAGGUCUGGAUCGAAUAAAAGGUUUGAUAUUACCAGAAACUACAGCUCACACUGGAGACGACGUUGCAGUUGUUGUGCCUAAGGUAGAUCAAUUAAAGGAUGAAUUAGAUGAUUUGGUUGCAUCUGAAUGUAUUCUUUGUGGUGAUCUGAUGAUUAAAACAAUCGAGCAACCUUUUAUUAAUGGAGAAGAAGGCGAUUUGCUUGCGUCUUGGGCCAUUUAA